UCUUUUUUCUCUUCAUUGCACCAACCACACGCUCCUCUUCAAAACGAGGCAAGGCUCAAUCGAUCGAUCGAUCGAAUGCGCGGUUGCGGAUCAUCGUCGUCGUCUUCCUCAUCGAGCAGUUGCGCAAUUGUGGUUGGUUUCUUGGUCCAUAAGUAGCAAAGCUAGGGAAGUGAGUGGUAGUAGUAGUAGCUGCUGCUGCUGCUGCUGCCCAUUCCUUUACUUCUUUGCCAAACGCCUCUAGGUGGCACGUCUCCCUUGUACUUGGCCGCCAAGAGACCGUGUCUUGUAGGUCUCUAUCUAGCUUUGAUCCUCAGCCUCAUUUCAGAGCCUCUGGAGUCUGGACUAGAUUACUGGCCUCCAUUGUCGACCUUGUCCUCUCACUCUACUCCUGUCCUUGUUUGAUCGUACUCCAGCUUCUUUCUUGAUCAGUUGGUUCAUCAUCAGUGGCAGCCAUUCGUGCUGCAGCACAUGUGCCUUUUCAUGUAAAGUGCAGUGUGCCUUGAGCUGGAGCAAGGAAUUUCUCCCAGUUCUUGAUCACCGGCAAGGUAUAUUGGAAUUAGAUUCUUUCAGUAAAAAAAAGAGUCUCGAGCCAAAGUUCUUCAGACAACGGCGGCGACGAAGGUGUAGUCAAAAGAUAGAUAGCUUCAGAAAGUGGUCCAAUCAGCCAGGAUGUUCAACAACAUCGUCUCGUCAUGGAACAAGAGGAGGAGGAGCAGAUCACUCGAUCAGCUGAACCCAUGGGUGUACAAGCCAGCCGAGCUGUGGCAGAUGAAGGAGCAGGGCCCGACGGCGGCGCUGCCGCCGCCGCCGUCGAAGAAGCGCAGCAGCUGCUCCAUGGUGUUCACCCUCAAGGAGAUGGAGGAGGCGACCAACAUGUUCAGUGAGAAGAAUCUCAUCGGCAAGGGCGGAUUUGGCCGCGUUUACAGAGGAGUUCUGAAAAAUGGUCAGAUUGUUGCCAUCAAGAAGAUGGACCUGCCUACUGCUAAACAAGCGGACGGCGAACGCGAAUUCCGAGUCGAGAUCGACAUCCUGAGCAGGCUAGACCACCCCAAUCUGGUCACGCUGAUCGGCUACUGCGCCGACGGCAAGCACCGGUUCGUCGUCUACGAGUUCAUGCCCAAAGGCAACCUGCAAGAUGUUCUCAAUGGUAUCGGCGAGGUGAGGUUGGACUGGCCGGUGAGGCUGCGGAUCGCGCUGGGCGCGGCGAGGGGGCUCGCCUACCUGCACUCCACCACCGCCGUCGGCGUCCCCGUCGUCCACCGCGACUUCAAGUCCAGCAACGUCCUCCUCACCGAGCACUUCGAGGCCAAGAUUUCAGACUUCGGGCUGGCCAAGCUGAUGCCGCAGGAUCUUGACCUGUACGCCACCACCAGGGUGCUCGGCACCUUCGGUUACUUCGAUCCGGAGUACGCUCUGACGGGGAAGCUGACGCUGCAGAGCGACGUGUACGCGUUCGGCGUCGUGCUGCUGGAGCUGCUCACCGGCCGCCGCGCCAUCGACCUGAGCCAGGGCCCGCAGGAGCAGAACCUCAUCGUGAGGAUGCAGCAGGUGGCCGGCGACCGGAAGAGGCUGCGGAAGGUGGUGGACAGGGAGAUGGCGAAGGGGUCGUACACGGCGGAGUCGGUGUCCAUGUUCGCCGGCCUCGCCGCGCGCUGCGUCUGCUUCGAGAGCGCCGGCCGGCCGUCCAUGGCCGACUGCGUCAAGGAGCUCCAGUUCAUCAUGUACGCCAACAUGAAGAUCUGAAAUCAAUCAUGGUGGCGUUUUUAGUUUUUACUCCGACGACGACGGCGAUGGAGAAGAAGAAGACGACGACGACGAUGAUCUUGGUGUUUGUACAGAAAAUUUUUUUUGUGGUUUUUUCGCAGAAUUUUCUGCUCAAAGUCCAAAAAAGAUUGGGGAUUUGUGGUAUAAAAAGUCCACAGAUUUCUAUCGUUUGAUUGAUAGUAGUAUCAACUUUAGAAAUGAGAGACGAACUGAAGACAGAUAGAGCAAAAUUCAAUACUGUAUUUCACCAAAAAAAAAAUUACUCAUUGAACUUUGGGGAAAAUAGUGUAAAGAUACCAAGUUUGGACCGAAUACUACUAUUUUUUUUUUCAAAUGGGAAUUUCAGUCU